AUGGCAGAACACAGUGAAGAUAUGAGUGGUAAAAGUCCCCGGCGUGAAGCACAGGAUUACAAGAAGGGGGAUGUAGUUGAUUCUGAGCAUAAACAAUCUAUAUCAACAGAAUCAAGUACAGCAAGCAAGGACACAAGUGUAGUGCAAUCGAAAGUAGAGCAGAAAGUUGACAGCAAGAAAGAGAAGGUUGUAGCGCAAGGAGACACUGCUGGCAUUGUCUCAGAGUUCGGUAAUUCCGCGCCAGUCUGUAAGAACUGUAUGACUUCAACAACGCCUCUGUGGAGACGCGAUGAGCAAGGAUCAGUUUUGUGCAAUGCUUGUGGUUUGUUUUUGAAAUUGCAUGGAAAACCGAGACCAAUCAGUUUAAAGACAGAUGUCAUUAAAUCUCGCAAUAGGAAGAAUGUUCAAACUUCUCCUACAGGUGCACCAGCAGAGUUAGUUCAUGAUCGAUACAAGCACAGUUUUACAAAUUUUAUUCCAACUAGUUAUGAAGCAUAUAAAGAGAAGAAAGGUCAUAUGUUAGAUAAAAGAAGGCAUCCACCAUCAGAUCUAAGACAUUCUAUCACUGAACAUGGUCGGCCUUAUGUAGGUGAAAGCGCAGAAGCAGAUCUAAUAAGAAAGCAUAAGAAAGCCAAAAUAAAGUCGGAAAGAGCUGUCUCCGAGUCAAGCAUAGAUAGCUACAAUAGUCAAUCUAAAGAUAGUGCCCAAAUCAAAAGUGGUGAGAAUACUCCACUAAGCCCUCAGUCUCAUAGCCCGAGUGGCACUCCCCUGCCCCGGCUUUCGGCUGUCUUAGGGGAUUUUGGCUCUGAUUCUCGUACUACUGCGGCAAGUAAUAGUAACAUCGGAUCUAUGCAUGCCAAGUCAUCUGAAGAUGAUAAGAAUGGCAAUAUAGCAUCAUUAGAGCAAUCGAUGGUAGAGAAAAGGAAGACAUCCAUACCACAAGUAGUAAAUAGUAAUCAAAGCUAUGGCGGUUUGCCAACUGCAUUGCGCGGUGCUCCAAUUAGAGAUUCUCGCAGUACUGGCUCUAAUAUCAAGGAAAAAAUGUCACAACCACAACCGUUAGAUACAUCCCACCUUUCUCAUAUACCACCUAAUCCUCACUUGUUAAUGAAAGGUAAAGUGCCAUCAUCUGAAAAUUUGCCAAUUAGAAGAGGCAGUAUGAUCGAUACACAGAAACAACGCAAUAGUGUUGAUAUAAUUGAUCCAUCAAACGCAGAUGAUGAGCAUAAGAUACCCGUCAGUGUGCAACUUCAUAAUGAAGAGGAAGUAAUACGGUUGCGUACGAGAAUAAAUGAGCUCGAAUUGGUUACCGAUUUAUAUAAGCGACACAUAUAUGAAUUGGAUGAGAGAUGUAAGAAGUUAGAGAAGGAACUAAGGAGAUAUAAAUAA